GACGUGACUAAAUGCAUCACCACUACAUGCGAUCCCUGCUGCCAGGAUGUGACCAAGUGCGUCACGACGUGUGUGGAUCCCUGCUGCCAGGAUGUGACUGAGUGCACCACCACCUGUGAUCCCUGCCGCCAAGGGGUGACCAAGUGUGUCACCACGUGUGUGGAUCCCUGCUGUCAGGACGUGACCAAGUGUGGCACCACAUGCGGAGUGACCAAGUGUGCCACCGUGUGUGAUCCCUGCUGCCAGAGAGUGACCAAGUGCACCACCGUGUGUGAUCCCUGCUGCCAGGGAGUGACCAAGUGUGCCACCGUGUGUGAUCCCUGCUGCCAGAGAGUGACCAAGUGCACCACCGUGUGUGAUCCCUGCUGCCAGGGAGUGACCAAGUGUGCCACCGUGUGUGAUCCCUGCUGCCAGAGAGUGACCAAGUGCACCACCGUGUGUGAUCCCUGCUGCCAGGACGUGACCAAGUGUGCCACCGUAUGUGAUCCCUGCUGCCAAGGGGUGACCGAAUGCACCACCACCUGUGUGGAUCCCUGCUGCCAAGGAGUGACCAAGUGUGCCACCACAUGUGUGGAUCCCUGCUGUGAGCGUGUCCAGGCUGUGACCAAGUGUGUGGAUUCCUGUCCCACCACCUGCGUUACAGGAGCCACCUCCCCGUGCAUCGGUGUCUGCACCUGCACGUGUGGCCGGCACUAUGCCAUCACCUGCGCAGACGUCCGCUGUCGUAAGAGUGCUCGUUGA